AUGAGUUCUCCCAUGAAGGAACGGAAACCCAAGAAGCCCCACUACAUACCUCGGCCGCCCGGAAAGCCCUUCAAGUACCACUGUUUCCAGUGUCCUUUCACCUGCAAUGAGAAAUCACACCUGUUCAAUCACAUGAAAUAUGAUCUGUGCAAGAACUCCCUCUCACUGCUGUCCAAGCCAUUGAAGAGUGCCACCCACAGCAGUCCCAUGGAAACCAGCAGAGGGACAAUGACUUCAGAGACACUUCCACACAAUAGUGUUUCUGUGCAAAUCAAUGAUGAUUCAAAAGGAAGUACCCAUAUACAGCACAGGGACACCCAUGUGUCCAUGCUAAACAAUGAGAAGCGGAGCGACACCCCUGAAAAAGAAGUGAUAUCUCCCACAGAAAAAAUCCCCAAAAUGCAUGCAGAUGAAUCAAAGACUGAAUCGCUGUCCAACAGUGGUGGAGGACAAUAUAAUCUUUCAACACUGAAAACUGAUGAUUCCUGUGAGAAGGAAGGACAGGAGACAACAACACACUCUUCUGCCUUCUCACCUAUUUCAACAUUUCAGGAGGAAGUGACAUCAACCACUGAUAAACCAGAAAGGUCUGCCCCAUAUCCUGUUCCUCAUAUAUACAACCCAGUUCCUAUUCGUAAGACAUCAUCGUUCCUGUCUGGCCGGCAAAGCCUUGACCGCAAACUCCAAAAUCAGGCAAAAGAGACAGGAACUUUGUGUCAAAGUCCAGAGUACCCUGCUUAUACCAUUCCGUACCACCUCUAUCCCGUUCAUCCCCAUUAUUCACCUUAUAUUCUUCCUGGAAGCUUCUAUGACCACCCUUUGGCUCCACAAAUUCCUCCUUAUAUUAUGGAGACUCUGAGAGGUCAACCACUGUUGCCCGGACAACCUUUGCCUUUCCAUUCCUUCAGUAGGUUUCACACUGCGGAACAGUAUUACAGGUUCUUCAAUUCAACUCCCUCUGUUAGCUAUAGCAUGUAUCAUCUUCCAGACCAGUCCUCUCUUACCUGUCCUCGUUAUCCAGAGAUGGGCCAUCGUAUCAUGGGUGUACACAGAGAAUUUUUAGGUACUGAAAGAAAUGACAGUUUCCAGAACUCAAAUCACAAUUUUGAUCCAUACACACUGGCCCAAAGGGAGUAUCUGUUUGGCCAGGGUCAGCUGCUGAGAGCUGGUGUAAGAGUAAGUCAAGAAAACAAAGAAGUUCAAAUGAGUCCCAGGGUUGGCUGUUCUGCAGCUGGGUCACCAGACCAGCCCAAUACCCCAGAUCACCCCCAAAAGCCACUGAAUGCAAGUGAGACUGGAGACCCACACAGCCAAUCAGUAACAAGUAAUGCCCCCCAACUCUCUGCAAAGGACAGAUCAGUACAAGACUAUUCCACAGACCCUUCAGAGAGUUCUACAUCAGGGCCAGCAGAAGACAAGACUGUGAGGGAUGGUGACUUGACUCCAUUGAACCUGUCUACGAAAGAAAAGAUUAUAGUGACAACACCAGUCCUCCCCAACACCUGGGAGCAUCCUCUCGAACGUCCUCUGAAUCUCUCUCAUAAACUGUGCUCCAGUUCCCCUCACUCACAACCCCAACCCCAAGAUCCUUUACAUAUAAAAGAUACCAUCGAGGGAAUUAUGGAUACUCCUGCAGAACGAGGUCAGGACAGGGACUAUACAGAUGAACAGAAACAGACUGCAGCGUUUGCAUUGUGUCAGCUUGCCCAGGGUAACCUGCCAGACAGGAUGCAGAGCUCUGAGACCAAUGCAUACUUUAACAAAGAUGCCAGCGUUGGAGCUGGUAAUGACCUUAGCAACAGUGGAAUCACUUCUGCAGCAGUCCUGAAUAAUCAUAUAAGCAGUAAGCCAGCAGACACUUCCCUAGACCAAGAUUCAUCCCAAAAAACUGGCCACAUUGAACUGGAUAGCCCUGAACCAGACAACGCGAAUUCGACAUCUGAACCCCUUAAUCUAGAAUCUGCCAUCGCCGACAACAGCCCCCCAUACAGUACAAAAAUAGCAGCACUUCCUUCAAAACCUGAGGCCAAAAGUCAGAUGAAAGUCACAAGAUAUGAAGCACGAAAGGUAAAAAGAAAAAGUGAUUCAGCUCCUAGCAGCCGCGUUCUAAGGAAAAGACUACGACGCUGUUAG